CCAGUAGAGCGCUGUGAGGAGUUCAGUUAUUGUUUGACGACAAGGUGCCCGAUAUUUUGCGACACACGUAUUUGGCGGCUUUAGACACAACGAUUUACAUAUGAAUGUAAUCGUUCUCGAGUGAAUAUGUUGAUUGGAAAGGAGAGGAUAUUUCCAAAGUGAAGAGGUGUUGAAAAGUCUGCUAUGCUGACCAAAUGUUUCCAAGAUGGCCAUUUCGAGUAAGACAGAGGAAGUUCUGUUUGCUGUUGUUCAUUGUUGUAGGGAUAGUGUCGACAACUAUACUGUACAACUGGUUCCGAUGCAACCAGUCAGGUGUUCCACAGUCACAGUGGAGCUACAAUUCCAAAGAUCCUCGGUUCGUGACCAUCUUCCCAGAUGCAGGGACCCCUGUUGGCCAUACCGGUGAUGGCCGGAAGCUGGUUGUUCUGUGGACACCCUUCUUCACAGGUCUCGUGUGGGACGCUGACCACAAUGUCUUCCAGGACUGUCCAGUGACCAACUGUGAGGUGACCACAAACAGACACCUCCUCACGUCCAGCCAUUCUGUGCUGUUCAACGUCCGAGAUCUAUCUGACCAUCCAGACAGUCCGCUACCCUUGUCACGAACUACGGAUCAGAUCUGGAUUCUGCAUAACACUGAACCACCUAAUUAUAUUUAUCUUCCACUGAGCAAGUUCAAUGGGGUAUUCAACUGGACCAGUUGGUAUCGUAAAGAUGCAACAAUCUUUUCUCCAUAUGGGCGAUGGGUGCCUUUAAGUCCUCAAGACAAAAUUUUGCAUUUCAAGAAAGAAAAUUAUCACAGGAAGAAAACAAAAAUGGCAUUGUGGGUAAGCAGCAACUGUAAUGAUCGCAGCAAAAAGAAUGAAUGUUGUUCGCAACUCAAACAGUAUAUAGAUAUUGACAUAUAUGGUAAAUGUGGUAAUCUGAAUUGUAAAAAAAGCUGCAGAGAAGUAUUUGAUGACUACAAGUUCUAUUUGUCAUUUGAAAAUGGGUAUUGUCGGGAUUACUUAACAGAAAAGUUCUGGCGGCCAAUAAUUCGGGAUCAGAUCCCGGUUGUGCGAGGCGGAGCUGACUAUAAAACAAUGGUGCCCCCUGGGUCCUACAUAAAUGUGGAUGACUUUCCAAAUGUCAGAAGUCUGGCUGAGUAUCUUAUGAAAGUUGCGAGGAAUGAAUCUCUCUAUAAUUCCUAUUUUUCCUGGAAGAAGGAUUACAAGUUAGUCCCCAAUGGGUGGACGCGCAUGAACUGGUGUGGCCUCUGUGAACGUCUGCAUGAUGUCGAGCAGCCCACACAGGUGUACUCGGAUCUCAAGGGAUGGGUCGAGCAGGACACUUGUCCAUAUGGAGAAGGUUGUGUAUCAUGAUGCUGUGUGGAGUGGCUUCCUCUGUAACAAUGGCAUGUUCAUGAUUUUAUUAAGUGUUUUGGACCUAUGAAGAUCUGGGUUAGAAUUGGUUGUCAGCAACCUGUGCUCGAUUAUUUACAACCGCUGCCGUAAAGCCAGAAUAUUAUCUGCAUUAAACAACAGACAAACA